AUGGCCGUUGUGGCUAGUAGGCCUUUGCUUACUGCGAAGCCUUUCCUUAUGCCCGCUGUUCGUCAGUCUCAUGCCCAUCUCUUCCGUAAGAGACCUGGUCAGCUUAUCGUAAACCGCAUUAAGGACGUUUGUCACUUUUAUUUCAUCGGCAUCGGAUUCUUACCCGUUCUUUUAUGUGUUGCUUACAAUCACAUUGUUCACGGACCAUGUGAGCUUACAGAUUAUCCCGAAGACGGAACUGUUCCUCAUCAUUGGCAGUUCGAGAGAACUCCUAUCAGACAGUGGUGGGCUAAGAACUUCGGAGUCUCCGAUGUCGAACAUCACGAGAGAAAUUUGGCUUAUUUUGAGAAACAAGCCACUCUUGCUCGCUGGAGACAGAUCGAACAACGUGUAAAGCAUUUGGAAGGACAACGAUGGGAUUAUAAGGGAUGGAGCUAUCAGCCCGUAUCUUCCACUUGGGUAGAUUAUGGAAGAUGGCACGCUCUUAGAAUGAGAGAUCAAUAUGAACAACAUGGACAUUACGCUCAAUAA